AUGGACUCCCAUCAAGCGCUGCUAGCUACCGCGUACCUGCUGGGAACACUGGCUGCUUUCUGCCAUGGACAGUCCCAAGGGGGUGACUCCGGUCUCCAGGUGACACUAAGUGGCUCCGACUCCAAGUGUCAGGGUACGCUGGAGGUCCAGAGGGGAAGCGUGAGGAGCACUGUGUGCAGCUCCAGCUGGAGCUGGAGCCAGGACCACUGGAGAAUCCCCCAGGAAGCCUCUGCACUGUGCCAGCGGCUGGGAUGUGGCUCUGCCUUGGUCCUCCACCACAUUCCUUUAUGGAACACACCCCAGAAACAGGUCCUCUGCCAUGGACCCCCAUUGUCUUUCUCCAACUGCAGCAGCAGAAGUUCACCAGCCAGGUGCCCUCCACUGAGCCUGAUCUGCCAAGAGCCCCAGAAGACAACACCUCCACCCACAACUACCCCACCCACCACCACGCCAGAGCCCACAGCUCCUCCCAGAUUGCAGCUGGUGCCAGGACACAAGGGCCUGAGGUGCGCGGGUGUGGUGGAAUUCUACAAUGGCAGCAGAGGGGGCACCAUCCUCUACCAGGCCAAGGACAGGCCCCUGGGCCUGGGGAACCUCAUCUGUAAUACUCUGCAGUGUGGAUCUUUCUUGACACAUCUGUCAGAGCCAGAGGCAGCAGGAACACCAGCCCCUGAGGAGCUGACGGACCCCAAGCCCUUGCCAAUUCGAUGGGAGGUGCGGAACUCGAGCUGUGCCUCAAUGGAGCAGUGCUUCCAGAAAACGACGCCCCAGGAGGGCAGCCAGGCGCUGUCGGUCAUCUGCUCCGAUUUCCAGCCCAAGGUUCAGAGCCGCCUGGUGGGGGGCAGCAGCGUAUGUGAGGGCAUGGCUGAAGUGCGCCAGGGAUCACAAUGGACUGCCCUGUGCGACAGUUCUGUGGCCAGGGGUCCGGCACGGUGGGAGGAGCUGUGUCAGGAGCAGCAAUGUGGCGACCUCAUCUCCUUCCAUGUGCUGGAUGCUGACAAGACCUCCCCGGGGCUCGUCUGUACCCAGGAGAAGCUGUCUCGGUGUUACCAGCUUCAGAAAAAAAAACCCUGCAAGAGGGUGUUGGUCACAUGCCAAGACCCAAACCCAGCGGGCCUGGCCCCAGGCACUGUGGCCAGCAUCAUCCUGAGCCUUGUACUCCUGGUGGUGCUGAUGGUCAUGUGCGGGCCUCUCAUCUACAAGAAGCUGGUGAAGAAAGUCCGUCAGAAGAAGCAACGUCAGUGGAUUGGUCCCACGGGAGUGAACCAGAGCAUGUCUUUCCAUCGCAGCCACACGGCGACUGUCCGGUCCCAGGUUGAGAACCCGACAGCCUCUCAUGUGGACAAUGAAUACAGCCAGCCUCCCAGGAACUCCCACCUGUCUGCUUACCCAGCUCUGGAAGGGGCCCUACACCGGUCUUCCACCCAGCCUGACAACUCCUCUGAUAGUGACUAUGACCUGCAUGUGGCACAGAGACUGUAAAAGAAUGUGGAACCAGCAACAAAAGG